AUAUCAUAACUGAAUUAGUUAUACAGCUGCCACAUCCGAAACAGUUACAUUUUACACGGAAAAAUAACAAAAUAACCAAUUUUUUUAAUACAAAACUGUGCUACUCAAAAACUGUCAAAAUAACAUUCAAUAAUUUCCAAAUUGACAACCAAACAUGUCGGUCGUUCAGCCGUAAAUCCCAUUUUUUUUUAAAUAACAAAACGAAAGUUUCUACUUGAAGAAAAAAAAAGAAGAAAAAUCAGUGAAUAAUAAAUUAUUAAUCAAUUAAUUUAUUUAAAUAUUAUUAUAAAAAUAAAAAGCAAUUCUUUAAUUUUUUUCGAGGAGAAAGUUUUUCUAAAUCAGUUACGACGGCGUCUUUUAAAGAUUUCCUUUAUAUAAAACGACAAAUGUAUACAGCGGCUAAUGCCGUUGAGAAAAGUGCAUUGAAAUUAGUUUGCACGGAAUCCGAAGAUCAUUUUAACUAUAUAUCUUUACCUCCCGACAUUAAUAAACAUAAUAAACACAAACAGAAAAUAUGUCGCUGCCUAGAGAAUUCCAUUUUAGCCAGGAGUUGUCGAAGCUUGAGAGUCAGCUCGGAUCCUCAGCGCCACCGACAUCCACGGCUCUCUCCUGCUCCAUCGACCUGCCCACAGAUGUCAUCUCAGAGGCAAUCCUGUCUCCGGACAAGGGCGGUUCCCUGCUGUCCGUGCAGUCGGCCCCCCCGGAGCAGAGGGAGCGACCUGCCAGUCUGCUGCUCGAGCUGCCAUUAGCGACGCAAGUAGGAGCCUACCUCUCGGCGAUGUCGCCGACUGAGCAAGAGGAGGACUCCCUCCUCACCCUCUCGUCGGUGACUGCGCGCCCUCUGUUGGCUGCGUCCCGGAAACUGCGACCGCCUCCCGAUUCGUCCGCUGAAAGCACAGCCCCCCCAGACGGUGGGUACGGCUGGGUGGUGGUCUUCGGAGCCUUUAUGGUGCAGUUCUGGGUGGCUGGCCUGUUCAAGUCCUAUGGAGUGCUGUACGUGGAGAUCAUGGAGACGUUUCCAGACUCCUCGGAGUCUGUGGCGUCGUGGAUACCUGCUGCGCUGUCUACCCUGUGUUUGGCGCUGGCCCCUCUAUCAUCAGCUCUAUGUGAGAAGUACUCCUGUCGCCUCGUGGUCUUCAUCGGAGGUCUAUUCUGUGCCACUGGACUAGCAUUGUCCUACUUCAGCCGCGGUCUACUGCAUCUGCUGUUGAGCUUCGGAGUCAUGACUGGAAUCGGCGGUGGCUUAUCGACAACACCUGGCAUUGUGAUCGUGUCGCAAUAUUUCGAUAAACACAGGGCGUUGGCUAAUGGCAUAUGUGUGAGCGGGACAGCUGCUGGGAGCUUCGUGUUUCCGAUGCUUAUUGAGAAACUGGUGGACAUGUAUGGACUGCAUGGAACCGUGUUGUUAUUGGGAGGUGGAAUGCUGCACGUUUGCGUAUCAGCGACCCUGUACCGUCCCGCGCCAGUCAGCUUCAACACCUCAGCGCUGGCUGACCGGACACCAGCCACUACAACCACCACUGAGCAUACCACACUAUUACAUGAUAUACAAGAAGACCAAGGUAUAAUGUUCAAAUCAGACUCCUCAAAAGACAAUCGGCUGCAGAGUCUCUUCCAGCCUGAUGCGGAGCUGACCCUGAACCAGAAGAACCUGCUCCUCAGCGAGGAUCUGAAGAGAACCAACCUCAUUACGGAGAUCAUGCAUCCUAGUUUAAUUGAGGUCGCCCGCCAACAAAUGCAGUCCCAACAUUCAGACUCCGAGGACUCAGAAGGACUGGAUGUUUUAGGAGUUGUUGGUCUGCCAAAAGAAGUAGUACGACUACGCCUGCGCCCCACUCGAUCCUCCUCUAUACUCCACUCAGUCGAGGACCUCUCCACUGACAGUACCUGCGUUUACAAGGCGAGACGGAAUCUUAGUAGUAAAUCCCUAUACAUUCGUCCGCCCCCAAGUCGGCUGAUACCGUGCAAGCUGACGGAGCCCAUCAUUAUCAAGCAGGAGGAGGUACAGAAAGAGGAAGUCCAGAUCGAGAAGAAACAGGCUGGAUGUGUUGAUAAAAUAUCUAGGUAUUUAGACGUAUCACUACUAAAAUCAUGGCGGUUUGGUCUGCUCUGUGCGUCAGUGGCGUUGAUGUCCUGCGGGUCUCCUUACGCGCUGUAUUACCUUCCUGCAUAUACUGUGGCUGCUGGGCACAGUAAAUCUGCUGCCGGCCACCUGGUAGCUAUCAGCGCCGUUCUAGACCUGUGUGGGAGACUGGGACUGGGCUGGCUGUGUGAUCUGCAUCUAUUCUGCAGGAGAAAGGCUUACAUUGUCAGUAUAUUGGUAGCUGGUAUCGCAGUUCUAACUCUGCCGAGCCUCAAAUCGUGGUGGGCGCUCGCCAUUGCAUCAGGUGCGUACGGCCUCUGUCUCGGCUGCUGGUUCCUGCUGGUACCAGUACUCCUGGCUGAUGCGUUCGGAACAGCUCGCAUAGCAUCUUCCUACGGGCUGGUUAGGAUGUUCCAGAGCUUAGCUGCCGUGUCUAUACCACCUACUGCUGGUCUCAUCCGCGACGUAACCGGCGGAUACUCCUGGUGUUUCUACGGCAUGGGAUCCUGUAUGGUCCUGGGUUCGAUUCCAGUCAUAGCAUUCCAUUUGAGCACGAAAAACGAAGACUCCGACUCCUCAGUCGAUUGAAGAUCUAACAACUAUUUAAAAUAAGCAAUACAAAAAGCGUUUACGCUUUUAAAAUAAAACGUUAAACUUUAAACGGGGGUCUAUAGAACUUUAAAAUUCUAAACGGGGUCUUAGGAAUGUUCUAGACGGGGUCAUUAGAAAUAUUGAUGUGAUUUGAAGCGAUAAUCUUUUGGGGUUAAAAUGGUCUAUGUGAUUACGUUUUUUGUGGUAUCUUAAUGUGAUUGUUCGUAUGUUUGUAUUUUAUUGAUAAAUAAUUAAACUGUAAUGGAUGUGUUUUUUGGUAUAUGGGAAUAAAAUAAUUGCAAUUGUUGAUGGGAAAAACGUUUUGGAAAGGAAAAAUAUUUAGGCAUGGCAGAAAUUAGUGUGGAAGGUUUAUAUAAAAAUUAAUAAAUCGAAUUUGUGUGUGUACUAGAAUAUUUUGGGUGGUUUAUCCAAAAAAUCUGGGUAAAAAGGUUGGUAUGGGACAACCUAUCAUUUUUAGGGUGUUCCUUUACAGUCUAGGAAUUUGUUUUAUUGUAUUUAUUUUAGUAUUAGACGUGUAUUUGGAGUA